AUGGCGCCUGCUAAAUCACUUGCUGAACUGUGCAUCGCUGUGUGUCAGAGACACAUCACUGAGCUCAGCAGUGUUGGAAAUGGCGACACUCUUCAAUACCACCAUGUUCGAGACAUCCUUAUAAGGGUCACAAACCCUGCCCAACUUCGCGAGAUUGAACUCAACUCUCCACACAUCCAAGGCGAAACCUCCGAGCUUUGGCUACGUCUCAUCAAGAAAGAGUUCCCAACCGAAAGCCACGAAAAGAACUACGCGCCUAAAAACCCAUCGAAGUGGUACAAGAUAUACGAACGAUACGCGGAGGAGCGUCGUCAGGCUCAACAGCAGGCAGAGGCCGAGCUACUCGCGAGGGUUCAGGGUCUGCAGCAGAAAAAAGACAACAAUGUCAGCAGGAUCGUCGAUCCAAAGUUUGCCAGAUUCCUACCGACGCCACCCAAGACGGGCCGCACCUUUGGGACUCGAGGUCGAGGAGGGAAGGAGCUCCCGAGCUCCCUCAGCUUCGCGGCUGGAAGCAGGAUGAAGACGACUACGGGCGCCAGCGUAAUGAAGAAAGCUCGGCGAGAGGCCAAGGAGAUUGUCGGCAUAAGAAGCAACCUGGCCGUUCCUACGGGCUUGAUCAGGGCCCCGCGGCUGAGCAAGGCCCCGCCUUCCAUGGCCGCCGAGCAUCGGAUCUCGACUCAACCGGUAUUUCGUCCUACGUCAACUAGCGCUCGCCCUCCCACGCAUUCUACAUACGUCGCACCAUCCAGGACCACUUAUGUUUCCGACUCGUCAGAUGAUGAGGGCGGUGAUUUGUUCGGCGAUGAGGAAACGCCAAAGAAGAGGAGCAAGGCCAGCAAUCCUGUCGGCCCAAUCUCUCCACCCAACAAGCCUGUGGCGCCCUCCAAUUCUACAGGGCUCAAAGCUCGACCCUUCUCCGCAUCUGCUAAGUUCAGCUCUGCAGUCAAACCAUCAUCGUCUCCGUCGAGCUCGCAGCCGGCAGGUUUGCGACGUGGUGGUGGAAUUCUCGGAAAUGCACCUCGGCCGAAUAGCAACAUUAGAGUCGAGCGACCCAGGCCCAAGCCCGAACCGGUCACUAGGAGUACAGAGCCGCCUCGUGGCCAUAAGGUGCUUGCCCAUAACAAUGGCCCGCAGUCGCCACCGCUGCCCGCAUCCCUGGAUGAGAUGCACCCAGCCCGUCCAAUCCCAGGUAACCUAGAGCUGCCUAGAAAGAGAAAGGCGGUUGACAUAUUCAUGCCCAAGAAGAAGGGCAGGCGCUGA